CAGACCCUUGAUAAACAAAGGUGCCUCGUCCAUGGAAUAAAUAAAUAUAAUAAGAAGAAUAAAACUUGUAAGAUCAUUUCCCAAUUCUCAGUUUCUCACCGGUAAGUCUGUUGCAGAAUCCAUCGCGGGACCGUCCACAUCUUCUCUACGCGAGCUGAAAACCACCAUCGCAAUCCAUCGGAAUAUUUUCUUAUGCGCCAGCAUUUCAAGGCCUAGGGUUAGUGUUUGGGUUUGGGGUUUCGACUUCCAAUUAUUUCUUUAACGCACAGAGAACAAUGCGAAAUUUCUACCGAGAAUCUCAAGAGUCUCCGUUUUCAAUCCCAGUCUCACAAAACCCGCAUUCCUCUCUUAAAGGUAGUGGCUCGCUUGGCUCGGGAUUGCACAAUUGGCUCUUCGAGUGCCAUGGGUUCUUGCACAAUCUCACUCUCAUUGUGGCUUCUCUUGCUUUUGUACUAUACUUGGCAUUUCAGGCCAAAAUGAGUGUAAGGAAGCUAUCCCAUGGGAGAUCUUAUAUCAUGAUCGCUUAUUAUGGGUGUCUUUGGCUCGUUAGCUUGCUCAAUCUUGCUUGGUGCUUCUUUCAGGCAUGGGAGUGCACUGCUGGAAAAGAAUUGACAUGGGAUGUCUUAUCUUUGUUUACAUCAUCUGGAAUGCUGUUUUUGGAAGUAAGCUUGAUUGCCUUUUUACUCCAAGGGAAUUAUGCAAGUAGUUUGGAAGCUUUGACACGGACCUUUGCUGUAUCAGCACUGAUUGUUGGUGUGGACAUACUCCUUAAGGCAAUUUAUACGUUUGGACUUGGGAUCCCUUUGUUCAUCGACAGCAACGAAGAGCAACAUCAAAUGAAGUGGAGCUUGUGGGUUGUCCAUAGGCUAGUACUAACUGCAGUUUAUGGCUUCAUAUUGUUCAUGUACCUUUCCAAGCAAAGGGAAAGGUUACCUGCAAGGCCUGCAUUCUACAAGUACAUUGUUAUUAUGUUCAUCUUGAACGCACUAGCACUAUUUGCCUGUGGGCUAACUGUGAAUGGGACUGGUUUUGGUUUCUGGUUGUACAGCACCACAAUCGUCUGCUACCAUGCCUUUUACCUUCCUCUUCUAUACAUAACAUUUUUAGCGGACUUUUUCCAGGAGGAAGAUUUACAUCUGGAGAAUGUAUACUAUUCAGAAAUGAAAGAUGCUGGUUUCUUUGAUGCUGAUUGGGAGUGAUGAAAGAUGCUGGUUUCUUUGAUGCUGAUUGGGAGUGAUGCUGUGAUAUUCUGGCUGGAUGAUUCUGUAUAUUAAAGUAACUUUCAGAGUGCAAAAAUUUCUGCACUUGAAGAGAUGCUUGUUCAUUGCUUGCUGGACUCGUUCUUUUACAAUAGAUGUAGUGUGCCUCUGGCACUUGGAACGCUUUGUUGUGUACCAAUUAAGAACUGGUUAGACCGCAUUAAAAAAUAUAACUCUGUAUAAUACAGAAUAAGUGAAGCAUAAAGGUAGUUCUAGUUCAAAUGAAA